AGGCAGAACCAUUGUUUGUGUAGACUCUGAGUCUUGCCCCUUGUGUUUGCAGGGCAAGUCAAGUACCUCCAAUGUGAGCUGGAAGCAGAGAGGGCCUUCAUAAAGCAGGAAUGGGAAGACAUGGCACAGCAGCUCCUGCGGGCUGAACAACAGUAUGAAAAUAGCCUCAGGCUUUGGGAAACUGAGCACAAAGUAGAGAGAAACAAGCUCCUGCAAGACCUGCGUGAACAGGACAGACUGCAAGUGCUUACAGAAGAACUGAUACGGGAGGUAAAACUUCUGCAGGAAUCAGUCUUAGCCCCUGAAACCCAAGCAAAUGCAACAAGAGAGAUGAAUCAUUGCCUUGAAAAAGAGCUUCAACCUUCUUUGCCUCUCUUAAAAAUUAAAAAUGAGGAAGUAGAAACACAGUGGGAGAAAAUCCAGAUGCUCCAGAAAGAGGCAGCACAAGGAAAAGCUUUACAGGAGACCCUUGCUCAUAUGACUGCCAUCCUCUCAGAGAGGGAGGAAGAAAUCAAGUUGCACCAGGACCAAAAGGGAGUGCUGGAAAAGCAGACAGAAAUGCAUAAGGCUACUCUUGAUCAGGUUACGAAGGACAUAUAUGAGAAAAACCAGAAGAUGGAAUCCCAGCAAGAACAGAUACAGGAGCUGGAGAAGCAGCGAGAAAAACAAAGGAUCACUGUGAGCAAGAUGAGCAAAGACCUGGAAGAGAGAGAUGAGGAGAUCAGAUCCCAGCAAGAAGAGAUAUGGGAGCUGGAGAAGCAGGGAGAAAUGCAGAGGGCUGCUGUCAGCAAGAAGUUGAAGGAAAAAGACUUGGAGCUUAUGUUUCUGACUCAGCAGAUCCAAGAACUGGAAAUGGAGAGAGAACAGGCAAAAUCUCUGCACACAAGCCUUGAACACCUGAGGGCAGAACUUAAGGACACAGAGAGGGAGUGUGAUUCUCAAAAGCAUCAGUUAAGACUCUUGCAGCAAUAUAAGGAACAGCAAGAGGGGCACCUGCAAGAGUUUAAUGAUAACAUAGUCAAGAUGACACUUUCUUUGUCUAAAAAUGAUCAAGAGCUUCCAUCACAAGAAAAACAAAUCCAGGAAGCAGAGGAAGUAAUGGAAAUGCAGUUGAGGACUGUCGCUGACCAACUGGAGCAGACCUUAGAAACCUUAAAAGACAAAGACAGACUUGUGGACAUCCAAAAGAAACAAACUAGUAGCUAUGAGGAAAAAAAUGAAGAACAGAUGAACGCCUUACACAGAGACUUGGAAUGCACUUCAGCACUACUGAAAGAAAAGGACUUAAUUAUUGAAUCUCAGAAGAAACUGAUCGAGACUUUUCAAAAACAUGAGCAAGACUCUAAACAGCAGAAGAAAAGUCUGCAGCAUCUUCAAGAGGUGCUACAGGAGAAAGAGCAAGAAAUAUUAUCCCUUAGAAAGCAAUAUGAGGCAUGCCAGGAAAAGGAGGAAACAUUCCUCAAGCAAAUGAACAUUUUCCAGUCUAGUGAAGAAAGAAGUAAAGUAGCACUAACAUCGCACCAGAAGGAAGUGAGCCUGCUUCAGAAAAUGGUGAUGAAGAGAGAUGAAGAGAUUGAAACUCUUAUGCAGAAACUCCAGUGCCAAGAAGAAGAAUUGAAGACCUUGCAGAAUCUGCAGCUUAGGCUAACUGAGAAGAAUGAAGAGGUUAGACAUCAGAGGGAUCAAGAGAAGUUCCUGGCAGAAGCUCUCCCUGAGAGGGAAGGGGAGACCAAGGCUCAAGGUCAGCAGAAAGAGUUAGAAGAGGAAAUAAAAGGUCUUGGAAAAGAUCUCCAGCAUGUUCAGCAGAGUCUGACAACGAAUGGUGAAGAGAUCAAGUACCAGAGAGAGAGAGUCAGGUGUUUAGAGGAGACUCUGUCAGCGAGAGAACAAGAGCUUAGGAGGCAGAGUCAACUCCUGAAACAAAUAACAUCGGCUUUGCGAUGGAAGGAUGGCACAAAGACCCUACGGAGGCAAAUCCAGAGACUCCAAAAAUGGGAGGAAGAAGAAGCGGAGAAGAAGAAAAUUCUCCAGGAGAGAGACUGUUCCUUGCAAAGGCAGAAGGAGCUAACCCAACAGCUGGAAGCUGAGCGCAGAGCAAAGGGGGAAGAACUGGGGAGUAUGACUGUGAUUUUGAAGCAGACUGAAAGCAGAGAAGUGCAGUGGAAAGAGAAGGCAGAAGCUCUGGCUCUUGCCCUUGCCAACAGUGAAAUGGCCAACGGGGCGUUGCGGGCAGAAACAGCUGUGCUGCAGAGCAUGGUUUCAGAGGGGGACACAGACAGGUUUCCUCACCAGCAGGUUGUUACAGAAGGGGAGCAGCUAUUGUGGCUCUCGGAGAAGAGACUCCUGUUGCAGCAGGUGGAAUGUCUGUGUCAAGCACUUGCAAGGCUGGAACUUGAGAAGUCUGACCUCAAGGAAUACAAUUCUGACCUCAGGAGGACUCUUGAGCAGGUGGAACGUGAACGAAGGAGACUGAGGAGAUACUGCAGAGGUCUGUCCCAGCCAGACACACAGAUAUCUCUCUCUGACCAGAACAAGGAGGAGUUUCAUGACUUCUGUGAUUGUUGAUGGCACUGGUAUGGAAUAUAUUGUAUAUUUUAUGUUAUUGGAAUAUUUAUAUGCUGGCUUUAUUAUUGUAUAAUAUCUAUUAUAUAGUUUUAUGGUUUUAUAAUAGUUGUAUGUAUAAUAUUUUAUAUUGUGUUUAUAAUCUUACCUAUAUUUUAUUAUGUAUUAUAUAUUAUAUGUUUUUUAUUAUAUUAAAACAGACCAUAUCCAUGUUAAACUUGUUAGAAAGUUAGUGAGCUGCUCUGCUAUAUGCCUUAAGCAAAUAUUUACUCAUCAGGUCUUUCUUUUUUACAGAUUGCCAUAGAAUAAACUUUUUGUAAGAAAAUAAAAAACCAAAAAAGCUAAAUGUUUGGGUAUGAUGCAUUUUCAGGUAUCUUGUCUUUUGUGUAAGCCGCUGCAAAGACCUCACAGGUUAUAGUCAAAUUGUACAGUUUUUCAAUUUCCCAUACCAGUUUUCAGUUCUCCUUUUAGUUGUAACAAUAAAAUGCUGUUUUUUAAAGAA